GGAGUAAAUAGUAAUAAAAAUGUGGUUUCCAACCCCAAACUCAAGUUCUGAUUACUAACUCUCCUCCCUGUCUCUAAGUGUCUCUGGCUGCUUAAUCUCUGUAUAACUCCUGGCUCUUUGGCUCCUCUCAGUCUGUUCUGUUCUCUGUUUAUUUCCAUGUUCCCUCUCUCUGUGUUUCUCCUGACUGUCUUUGGUCUCUCUCUGUGUUUUUCUUGUCCCAGGCACCCCCAGGAAGACCCCAAGCCUCUAGCGGUACCCGGUAUCAUCUCCAGCAUGUAUGUAGAUGUGGAGGCUUCACUGGGAUAUUGAGAAAUACCAGAGGCGAAUUGUUCCGCUGUAGUCACAGUAAUGAAAGGCAGUAAUAGAAAUAAAGAUCAUUCAGCAGAAGGAGAAGGGGCUGGAAAACGACCAAAACGAAAGUGUCUUCAGUGGCAUCCAUUGCUCGCAAAAAAACUUCUUGAUUUUUCAGAAGAAGAAGAAGAGGAAGACGAAGAAGAGGAUAUUGAUAAGGUUCAGCUUCUUGGGGCUGAUGGCCUAGAGCAAGAUGUUGCUGAGACUGAAGAUGAUGAAUCACCAGAACAGCGAGCCCGGAGACCAAUGAAUGCAUUUCUCUUAUUUUGCAAACGUCAUCGCUCCCUUGUACGUCAAGAACACCCCAGACUUGAUAACAGAGGUGCUACCAAGAUACUAGCUGAUUGGUGGGCUGUUCUCGAUCCAAAGGAAAAGCAGAAAUACACAGACAUGGCCAAGGAGUAUAAAGAUGCGUUUAUGAAAGCAAAUCCUGGCUACAAAUGGUGUCCUACCACAAACAAGCCUGUCAAAUCCCCAACACCCACUGUCAAUCCACGAAAGAAACUGUGGGCCUUCCCAUCCGACUCUUCAAGAGACUUGCCAAGCCCUAAGAAAACAAAGACUGAAGAAAUGCCUCAGCUUAACUUUGGAAUGGCCGAUCCUACUCAGAUGGGAGGCCUGAGCAUGCUGCUUUUAGCUGGAGAACAUGCUCUUGGCACACCAGAGAUAUCUUCUGGCACUUGUAGGCCUGAUGUUUCAGAAUCAUCUGAAUUGCGUCAGAAGUCACCAUUAUUUCAGUUUGCUGAGAUAUCUUCAAGUACAUCCCAUCCUGAUGCUCCUUCAAAACAGUGUCAAGCAUCAGCCUUGUUUCAGUUUGCAGAGAUUUCUUCAAACACUUCACAGUUGGGUGGUGCUGAACCUGUAAAACGCUGUGGAAAGUCUGCACUCUUUCAGCUGGCAGAGAUGUGCCUGGCAUCAGAGGGGGUGAAAAUGGAGGAAUCAAAACUAAUAAAAGCAAAAGAAUCAGAUGGUGGAAGAAUUAAAGAAUUGGAGAAGGGAAAAGAAGAAAGAGAAAUAAAGAUGGAGAAACCAGAUGAGGCCAGGUUACAGAAAGAAGCAGAUGUUGAAAAAUCAGCCAAGGAAAAUGGAAGAGAUUCUAAAGAAUUAAGAAAUUUUGAGGAGCUGCGAAUGGAUGAUAUAAUGGGAAUAAAAAUGGAAGAUCCCAAAGAUAUUAAAAAGGAAGAAUUAGAGGAAGAUCAAAAAUGUAGUCACUUCCCUGACUUUUCUUACUCUGCCAGUAGCAAGAUAAUAAUAAGUGAUGUUCCCAGUAGAAAAGAUCACUUGUGCCAUCCUCAUGGAAUUAUGAUCAUUGAGGAUCCCACCACACUUAACAAGCCAGAAAAGCUGAAAAAGAAAAAGAAAAAAAGCAAAAUGGAUCGACAUGGAAAUGAUAAAUCCACACCCAAGAAGACUUGUAAAAAGAGGCAGUCCUCAGAGUCUGACAUUGAGAGUGUCAUAUACACCAUUGAAGCUGUUGCAAAGGGAGACUGGGGCAUCGAGAAGCUUGGAGAAACCCCUCGCAAGAAGGUCCGCACAUCCUCCAGUGGCAAGGGAAGCAUUUUGGAUGCCAAGCCACCAAAGAAAAAAGUGAAAUCCAGAGAGAAGAAAAUGUCAAAGGAGAAAUCCUCGGACACCACCAAAGAGUCGAGACCUCCAGAUUUUCUCAGUAUUUCUGCCAGCAAGAACAUUCCUGGGGAGGUGCCAGAGGGUAUAAAAGCAGAACCGUUGACCCCCACAGAGGAUGCGCUACCACCCAGCCUACCUGGACAGGCCAAGCCUGAGGACAGUGACUGUCACAGAAAAAUAGAGACUUGUGGCUUCCGGAAAUCCGAGAGGUCUUGCAAAGGUGCUCUUUAUAAAACCCUGGUGUCUGAGGGCAUGCUCACCUCUCUGCGAGCUAAUGUUGACAGAGGGAAACGAAGCUCAGGAAAAGGAAACUCUUCUGAUCACGAAGGGUGUUGGAAUGAGGAAAGUUGGACGUUCAACCAGAUUGGGACCAGUGGAAGUAAGAAGUUCAAGAAGACAAAGCCAAAGGAAGACUCUCUCCUUGGCUCAACAAAGCUGGAUGAAGAAUUUGAAAAGAAAUUCAACAGCCUCCCUCAAUAUAGUCCUGUUACAUUUGACCGGAAAUGUGUACCUGUCCCAAGAAAAAAGAAAAAGACAGGCAGCAUGUCCUCAGAACCAACUAAAACCAGCAAAGGUCCUUUCCAGUCUCAGAAAAAGAACUUAUUCCACAAAAUUGUCAGCAAAUAUAAGCACAAAAAGGAGAAGCCUAAUGUUCCGGAAAAAGGAAGUGGGGAUAAAUGGUCAAACAAGCAAUUCUUCUUGGAUGCCAUUCACCCAACAGAAGCCAUAUUUUCAGAAGACAAAAACACCACAGAGCCUGCUUAUAAGGUUAAAAAUGCCCCAUCCAUUCCCAACACUCCAGAGCCAACAACAAUGCAAGAACCUUUGGUGGGCAGCCAAAAGAGAAAAGCAAGGAAAACCAAGAUCACACACCUUGUCAGGACGGCAGAUGGCCGGGUAUCACCAGCAGGAGGUACUUUGGAUGACAAACCAAAGGAACAACUGCAGAGGAGUCUCCCUAAAGUGACCGAGGCAGGCUGCAAUGAUGAAUGCUCGCACAACCGGGAGGCCGCGGAGACGCGCAGCAGCACCCCGGAGAUGCCAGCUGUGUCUGCCUUCUUCAGCCUCGCGGCCCUGGCUGAGGUGGCUGCCAUGGAAAAUGUGCACAGAGGUCAGAGGUCAACUCCGCUCACCCAUGAUGGACAGCCAAAAGAGAUGCCACAGGCUCCUGUACUUAUUUCCUGUGCUGACCAGUGAAGCGCCCUUUAAUUGUAAAACAUUGUGCUUUACCUACUACCCUAGCCUUGUCUUUACAGAAGGAUGCUAGUGAGUCCAUGUGGUGGAAAAUACAGACUGCAAACAAGUGCUUGUUGCCCCACACGGCCCAGAUUCACUUGACGCAGAAGUUGGCAUCCUGGGCCAGUUUGUUCUUUCAGAGCCCUGAGUCUUUGAGGGUGAUGUUCUUUGUCUGAUAAUGAGCAGAAACGGGAUAAUCCUAGAGCUUUGCUUUCUAUUGAAGGCUUUUGAUGGUAAUAGGUGGUAACUUGGUAAAAGGCUGCCUUUACUGUAGCUCAUCCAGCAUCUCUUUUACCAACCAGAGAGUGUGAAACUAGUUUCGUAUAUUACCUAGUUAUUCUUUCAAAACAAACAAAAAAAAACAAAAACUGACGCACUGCACUAGUUAUUAUUAGAUAUUCUUAGUCUUUUUUGUACAUGGAGAUUUAAGUUCUAAGAUGGUUUAUAUAAUAGGUUAUACCUACAUUUAUAUUGUAGAAUAAUAUUAAAAAGCCUGUUCCAGCGACUCCCAAGCAGCACGGGCAGGCAGAUGUACCAUUGUUAGCGGUGUAUGCUCGGCCUCGUGGUCCAUAUAUUCUGCACUUUUAUAUUUGCCACCAGAGUGGUAGUUUGCUGGCAAAAAGAGAGAGAGAGAGAGGGGAAAAAAAAAUUACAAUUCUUACAAGCUGAGUUCUUUUCUUAGCCUUGAGUGACCAAGAAGAAUUUGCUUGGGGCAAAUUGUGGCAAAUAUUUUCCCAGACAGGGGAAGAGUCCUGCAGAUUACAGAUUACUCAUGUUUUCACGCCUUGAGGAUUCUUUUUACACGGGGUCUAGGUGACCAAUGGAUCGUUCAUACAAACAAACAAACAAAAAAAGAAAAAUCUUAUUCAGAAGUGACCUUAGUAUUACUUCACUAUUCUGAACACACUGAAGACACUCACUUCAUGUGGACUUUGAGCUACAGACCUUUUACAUUCAUCCCAGACAGACUGGACGGGUAGCAAUUGCUAUGCACAGCCUAAUGGGCACUGCAGGUUUUUAGAGCCAUUUCGAGUUUGUGUUGUUAAGGAGGUAUUGAGUAAAUGAUGAAGGAGGUAUGCCUGACCAGAGUGGGACUCUCAGUCAUAGAUCCACCUGCAAGUUUCCUGUUUCCUUUUUGUGUUUUGUUGCUUUUGAACAUAAAACCAACCAUACAUAUGCCAGUACCAAGUGGAUUAACUGGCUUAGAACAUUCAACAUAUUGACUCCACCACCUGACGUUCACAGUGUCUUGUUUCUUAGCAACAGAUACGAAGUGAUAAAUCAGAAUUAGUCAGAGGCUACAGAUUUUACAGGGUAUUUGUUCCAUAGCACAAAGUAUUUCCCCACUCUUGCAUCACAGCACAAACUACCAAAUUUUAAUUAUUGGAUUCCAGCAAUAAUUUGUAUUGGUUUUCAAACCGGCGGAAUUUUGAUAGUGUUAGUUCCGAGUUUGACGCUUUUGAGUUAGAUCUCUAAAUGGUGACAGUUUACAAGGUUUUAUCUAGCUUUCUUAUUUAUACUUGACUGAAUUGUAAUGAUGAUUUUUUUUUCUAAUCGUAAUCUGACCUAAUAGCCAUACAAAAAGUGACCCUUAGUACUGACUAGGCGUAGAUUUUCAUGGUUGUAGAUAUUACUUCAGUUUCGGUGCUGGAAAAUAUGUACAACAUACUAACAGAAUUGAAAGAAAAUAUAGAGAUUUGGGGUUUUUUUCCAAAGCAGGUAAAGAGGGCCUCAGGGCGUUGGAAUGGUGUCCUCAAAAAUGCAUAUCCACUGUGGACAUGGAGGAAGAAGGAAUUAGUAAGGGAGUUUAAUCAGAGGUUCAAAGCUUAGCCCCCUUGACAUAGAAAUAAACCAGGUGAGCAGCCCCAGAUUUUAGCAGAAUAUUUUUACUAUGAUGCUGUUUUAUUAACAUUUUCUAAAUUUCAAUACACAAAGUGAAUGUUUGAACAUUGCUGGGUCCCAGUGUUGGUGGCUGUUGGAGUUUCUGGACCACUUGCUAGCAGUGAUUUAAAAAUGGUAAUUAGCUAAAAUCCAAAAAAAAAAGAAAGAAAGAAAAAAGAAAGAAAAAUCAACAACAGAAAUUGUUUGGUGCAGAACAUGCACCUUGACAAUGGUACUAACUUGUUAUUCUCUAGAACACGUUAGAAUAGAUCUAUUUUUGCCAGGCACCCUCCUUCAGUCCUCCGAUUACAUUUCACUAGAGUUCCUUAAGAGAUUGCUGUAUAUUCAUGGGACCUUUUUUAAAAAGAAGCAAAACAAAAGAUUACUUUUUUCUAUGUGAUUAAUAUAUCUUACUUGAUCUGCUUUUCCUAAACCUCAGUGGCUUUUCCCUUAGGCAGGGGUGGGGGAGGGGGGCAACCUACUGGAUAAGACUGUUUUCAGAUACUUUAAAAAAAAAAACAAAAAAAAAACCUUUUGUAGAAAUGCUUAAUUUUUAAGCAGUUAGGCACUGAGAGUAGCAGAAAUCCUGCAAAGCUUUAUAGUCCUUUAGACACUUGCCUUGUCGUUUCUCUGAGUGAAGUCUUGAUUUCAAUGAUAGUGCUUUUCUCAUGCCCUGAAUCCGCUGGAGAGGGGUGUUGGUAUUUUCAGGUAACAACAUUUGUUAGCACAAAUAUUUCAGACCAACAUGUAGUGUGUGCCCCCCCCCCACCCCGCAUUUAUCAUUUCCAUUUCAUUUAUCUCAUUCUUUUUUAUUUUGGAAAAUCAUAUUGCUAUGGUGUGUACCUUAAUCUGCCAGCAAACACCAUCUACACUAACAUUUGUCCCACAAGCAUCCUCAAGAGAAAAAGUUGUUGCACCUUAUGUAUAUCUCAAGCAAACCAAAAUAUUGAUGCUCUUCUGCUUUGUUUUAUUCUAAAUUGUUGUAUCAUAUCUUUCUGAAACCAUUCUGAAUCUAGUUGGAAUUAUCGAUAUUUAUGCUUUUAACCUUAAUUUCUGGAUUCAAACCUGUAUAUAAAUCUUUUGAAAAAAAAUUGUCCUAGCCCUUCUCUGUGAUGCUGGAAGUGGAUGAUUUAGUCUCAGAUGGAGACGCAGUACUGUUCCAGUUUUCUUUAGCCUUUUAUUUAUUUAGUUAUUCUGGGUAUUUUCCUAUGUAAUUUUGAAGUGUGUAGAGUAUAUUAUAGUAACUGAAGCUGCAGCUGUAAGAAGCUGAGUGAAAGAAAAAAAAUACUGUAAGACAUCCUUUUUAAGUUUUUAUUUGCUUGGAUAACUAUAAUGAGAUCAGGAAAAGGAAAAAUGUCCCACAGCCACAUUGAAGAUACAGGUUCUUAUCCCCAAAUUAGGUUAGUUCCCAGAUCUUAGAUUAAAAUGGUUAAUUCGUUAAAGCCUUUUUAAAAAGGAUAUAUCAUAGUGUUGUAAUUCUGACAGUCUUUUCCCCACAAAUGUCGGGAAUGUAUUUAUUUAAUUCCGUCAGAUGAGCUUUCUCCCAGUGCCCCCUCAAAGCCAUGCUGAAGUCAUUCCCUUGUUAUCAUUGUUACUCUAGUUCCUGCCAUUAAAACUGCUGCAGAGGAAAAAAGUGAUGGAACACUAUGAACAAAAAGGAGCACCUGAACUGGUCUGGUUGUUUAGGAUCCAAUUUGUUUAAUCCCCGUCAUUCUCUUAUCAAGCCAGAUGCUACUCUGCCUGAGUCAUGGAAAUUUUUGUUUGCACUCUGUAGUCUUUGGCUAAUCGUAUGGAAAUGUUUGCACCUAUGUAAAAUCUCAAGCAAAUUAUAAAGCGAUAGAGAACUAGGAGUAAGCUGGAAA